AUGUGCCCAGUGUUAUUACAAUUACAAUGGCUGCUGGUUGUAGAGACAUGGGAGAAGGACCCUUCGAAACCUAACCCGUUCGUUGUUACCCGUCCUGCCAUGACCCAAGCAUCUGUGCACCUGCAGCUGGUGAAUGAGGAGGCUGUGGAGUUGGAGAAUGGUGAACAAUGUGGCGUGCUGCGUGACCUCAUUUCCCCGAGUGUCAUAAUCAUGGUCGGGAUUGAGCUGCAGGAACAGCAGUAUCGCCUUCGACAGGACACAGAGGGCCUUGGAGCACAUUCCAUGGAUCUCCAAUAA